AUGCUGGGAUUUCUGGUGGUGGUUUUGACCGUGCCAAUGAUGAUUUUCGGGUGUCGGGAUGGAAAACACAACGUUUUGACGAUUGAUUCGUAUGGAAAUAGUGAGUUUUGGGGGGAAAUUGCUUAAAAAAAAUCAGAAAAACUUGACAUUUUUGAAGAAAGUUUGCCGAUUCAAGUGAAAAAUGUGAAAUUGCUGGUUUAUGAUCAUGAAAUGAAGCCGAGUUGUUAUAAGAAUAAGGUGAAUAUUGUGCUGCCUGGUUAUUUUGUGCUUGUUGGAGGUUGGUUUUUUUAUUUGAGAAAAAAUUACUGUUUCAAAAAUUUUGUAAUGGUUUUUAAAACAAUACAAUGUUGAUUUCAGUAAUAAUUUUAUAGGAAAAAAAUUUCUCAAUUUUUUUCACUGUUAAUUUUUUGAUACUUUUUGGGAACUUUUUUGUUUUACUUUAAUUCUCAAUUCCAAAAUUUUGUGGAAGAAAAAUUGAAAAAAUUCACUGUUUCAAAAAGUUAAUUUUGUUUUUGUAAAUUUUUGGAAUUUUGAUUAUUCAGCUUAUUUGCGUUUGAAUUAAUUUAUUUUUCAGUUUCAAAAUUUAGUGAAAAAUAUUUUGAACUAGGUUUCGAAAGUGUAUGAAUUUUUUCUAUCCUAAAUUUCAGACAAAAACUUUAUGUAAUACUGAAUUUUUCAAAGAGUGAAUAUUAUUUUUGUAAAUUUUCAUAUUCAAAAUUUUAUAAUAAUUUUUGAGCACUUGAAAAUUAUACUUUCCGGUCUUUAAUCUUAAAAUGUUUCAAUAAAAUUGCCGACCCCACCCUCCAAUAUUUUUUCAGGCGAAAUCGAAACCUCUCGAAAUUUCGAUGUCAUCAAGUCCGGUCCAACUUCUUUAUCAGUUUCCUUGGACGGCGAUAAUAUUUGUCUUGAAGGCAAAUCCGAUAUGUUUAUAGUUCCAAAUUCUUUAUGUCAUUUUGAGUUGGCCAGUUUUGUUCCCGUCGAAAUUUGCAAAAUUAUUCAGAAAAAAGGAACUCAUACAAUCAAGGAAAUUGAGGAAUUUGCGAAUUUCAAUUCGACGAUUGAAUUGCCACCUUCUCCAAGUUUUUUGGGGAUUUCUCUAUUAGAAGUCUUAAAGGUGAGAAAUCAGCUUUUUCCCCCAUCAAAAAUCAAUAAUUUGAGGGUGAUUACCGUAUAAAAGUGUCAAUUGCAUCAGAAGGCGAGAAAAUCGUCGAAUUUUCAGUACCCACAGGCUACGUGAAUCUGAAAAUGGGAAUGAGUGAAGGAGACGAUGAGGAUUGA